CUCCCUCGGUUCAGACUGGCGUCCUCUCAGCCUCCCACUGCCUCUCCUCCUCCGACCAGUGUCUCUCCCCAACUCACUCUUUCCCUGAAGCACAGAGGGAUCAUCAACCUGUCACCUCGCUCACAGCUCGCAGGAUGCCUUUCGGCGGAGGAAACAAGUGCGGCUGCUGCCAGAAAACCGUCUACUUCGCCGAGGAAGUGCAGUGCGAGGGGAAGAGCUGGCACAAGUCCUGCUUUCUGUGCAUGGUCUGUAAGAAGAACUUAGACAGCACCACAGUGGCUGUCCACGUGGACGAGAUCUACUGCAAGUCGUGCUAUGGCAAGAAAUACGGGCCUAAAGGUUACGGCUUCGGGGGCGGAGCCGGCACCCUGAGUAUGGACACGGGGGAGGGACUUGGGAUCAAGCCUGAAGUGCAAGCUCCUCAUCGGCCCACGAACAACCCCAACCCCAACGCCUCGAAGUUCACCCAGAAACCAGGAGGCCCGGACGUGUGUCCUCGAUGCGGGAGAACAGUGUACGCGGCCGAGAAGGUCGUCGGAGGAGGCAACUCCUGGCACAAAGGCUGCUUUCGCUGCGCCAAGUGUGGCAAAGGACUCGAGUCCACGACGCUGGCCGACAGAGACGGGGAGAUCUUCUGCAAAGGCUGCUACGCGAAGAACUUCGGUCCCAAAGGGUUCGGCUUCGGUCAGGGUGCCGGAGCUCUGGCUCAUUCGCAGUGAAGCUCGAGGCCUCGAACCCAGCGAGGACUCGCAUCAUCGCUCUGACGCCGCCGUCGAUAUCCAGCGCAUUUUAAUCCGCCCGUUUAACCCCAGCUGAAGGCAAAGAGGAAUGAAAGAGGCACACAACUCACAGCUUGUUCUUCACCCAGCAGAUUUUGCUUCGUAUGUUACAUUUGAUUCUGGAUUAUGACGUUGCUCAUCAUGACAAGUAUUUCAAACUAAAGUCUAACUGUGUGUUCGGAUGUGCUCAAGAAGAAAAAAUGCUCCCUUGCUGCAAAAAAAAAGAGACACUUCCACUUUAGUAACAUUAAGUUUGGCCAAUGUUGAGUUUGAUUAAUAACGUCGGUCAGUUGCAGUCGAGAUAAAGCUUUCCCCGCCGUCUUCAGAGGCGCUUUCUUCCUGAGACAUAAAACAAACCAACAAACAAUGGAAGUUUUUCUAACAGCCCCCGUGAUGCUGCUCUGGCCCGCUCUACACCGACGCCAUUGUUCUGUUCACCGUCCUGGUGCUAUGACAUCAUGGCGGCUCCGGGCGUGCUUGUUAUUUGUUUUCCAAUUGGCAUUAAAAAAAAGAGAGCAAAAGCCCAGCGGUUGUUUGGGGGAACAAACGGAGUGGCGGCGCUCGGGGCCCGAGGGGCCCCGCAGCUGUCUGUCCGUCAGUGUGAGUCGGGUCCAGUUCAAACCCACGACUUCCGAAACCUGUUUACAUUCACAACGAGUUUCUUUGACUUGCAUUGAGCCCCUCGCCCAGCAGAGGGCCCUCCUGACUCCCAGCAGAAUACAUGGGCCCUAUAAUAAUGUCUAUUUUUUUCUUUAAUGAACCGGAAAUAUUUCUACACUUUUAAACGGAUGGGCUUGCUUGGAACAUUUAAAAUAAACUCCACUUUCACCGGCUGUGUGAUGAACGCACUAUUGCAUCAUUAAUCAUAAAAAAAUUAUACAGGCCGACAAUAAAGAUAUUAUUUGAAAAGGGU